GAAUUACAAAAAGUUGCCGCUCCCUUCUCUUAUUUCAAACUCGCCUUGCCCCUCUCUCUCUCUAGAAACCGAAGGCAGAUCUCUCUCUCUCUCUCUCUCUCUAGAACCAGAGACGAACGAGAAGAGCUUCGGGAUGGCGACGAACAUCGGGAUGAUGGACGGGGCUUACUUCGUCGGCAGAUCUGAGAUCCUCGCCUGGAUCAACUCUACUCUGCAACUCAACCUCUCCAAGGUGGAAGAGGCGUGUUCUGGUGCAGUCCAGUGCCAACUGAUGGACGUGGUGCACCCUGGGAUCGUGCCGAUGCACAAGGUGAACUUCGACGCGAAGAGCGAGUACGAGAUGAUUCAGAACUACAAGGUCCUCCAGGACGUGUUCAACAAGCUCAAGAUCACUAAGCACAUCGAAGUGAACAAGCUGGUGAAGGGGAGGCCGCUGGAUAAUUUGGAGUUCAUGCAGUGGAUGAAGCGCUACUGUGAUUCCAUCAAUGGAGGCGUCAACCACAGUUACAAUCCUCUUGAAAGGAGAGAAGCUUGUAAGGGAGGUAAAGAAGCUAGCAAGAAAGCUGCUGCAUCACAGUCUUCGGUGAGGAGUUCUACUGCUGCUCUCAAAUCUCAGCCAGCCCACAAUGCUCGUAGGAGUGAUGCCCCUGUAAGCUCCACAAAUCCGCCUCCGAAGGCCCCAAAACCAGCCUACACUGUGCCAGCGUAUGAUGAACAGAUCACAGAGUUGAAGCUGUCGGUGGAUAGUCUCGAGAAGGAGAGGGACUUCUAUUUUGCGAAGUUAAGAGACAUUGAGAUCGUGUGCCAGUGCCCACAAGUUGAAAGUCUCCCGAUUGUUGGAGCAAUAAAGAAGAUUCUGUAUGCAGCAGAUGAUGACGCAUCCAUUGUAGCGGAAGCACAGGCUAUGAUAUCCUUUCCCCAGAAGGAAGCUGACCUGCUGAGCCCGAUUGAGGAGGUUCCUGAAGAGAGACAGAGUUCCGAGACCCAGAAAAGAAAGGUGAUCGUGAACCACGACGUGGAAGCUGCUUCUGCUACAACAUCUUCCCCAAGGAUGAGACUUUCAGAUGCUUCUGAUGUCCGCUGCAGUGGGUCACCCCUCAUGACUUACUGAUCCCUCAUGUUCUCCCUUUCGUGCCCGCUGUUUCCCUACAUACCCUCAGACUAUAUAUAACCCCAGUAUUUUCGAGGUCUAGCCGAGGAAGCUAGUGAAAAAUAUAACUGCUUGCUUAGCUCGUAGACUUACAGGCGUUUCUUGUAUGACUGAAUCAGGUCAUGUGCUCUUCAGAGAUUUCAAUAACAUUAAUGGGGGAUAUUAUACUAUUACAAUGUACUUGAGAUUCGUCGGAACUGCACUUGAGAUUUGUUUUCUGAA